AUGGAACGGGCGCCGAUCGGAACACCUCUUCCACUCCGGCCUGCAUUCGAUAUACGCUUGCAGCCGGACGGCUAUCACAUCCACGGUGAAGUGCCCGGGGUCACCCCGCAACAGUUACGACUGACGUUCAUCGACCGUCGGACCCUCAUGAUCUAUGGCGAUUUUCACCGCGAAUAUGACAACCCCCCUGAGGAUUUCAGACCUGACUGUGAAGGCCCUGGGUGUGAAACUGGGGACACGGCAAAAUGGCUUCUCGCAGAGCGCGAAACUGGCUAUUUCUCCCGCAUGUUCGUCCUUCAGAAACCUAUCCGAAAGGAAGGGACGCAAGCAGCCCUUCAAAACGGCAUCCUUAGCGUUUUUCUUCCCCUGGACCCAGGCCCUGGAAAUAUUAACUCGCUCUAG